AUGCACAUAGCGUGUUCGCAUUCAUCUUUUGACGGGAAUCCACUAAUUGUCAUGAUAAUUAAUAAGAAGGAGCAAAUAUUUCGAUUCAAUUCCACUAACGUCAACAUGUCUAAGGCAUUCAGUAGAAGGACACCUUUCUUCAACACCUGA